CGGUCAUGUGAUCAGCUGUGUCCAAUCACAGCUGAUCACAUGGGACAUCUACACUGAUCAUCAGAGCACUGAUAAUCAGUGUGCACUGAUGAUAAGUGUAGCCCCAGCAGUGCCACCUGUCAGUGUUCAAUCAGUGCCAUGUGCCAGUGCCCAUCAGUGCCACGUGCCUGUGCCCAUCAGUGCCACGUCAAUGCCACAUAUCAGUGCCUACCAGUGCACAUCAAUGCCACAUAUCAGUGCCCAUCUGAGCUGCCUUUCAGUGUCACCCAUCAGUGCCAGUCAGUGCCACCUAUCAAUGUCAAUCAGUGCCACGUAUCAGUGCUGCCAAUCAGUG